GUCCAGUAGGCCCAAUAGGCCCAGAACGAACCCCUAACCUUCUCACAGCAGGCUCCUGCGACCGCGCCGCCAACGUCGCCGCCUCCGCCUGCACAAGCCGUUCGUCGCCGCUUCGCCCCUGAAGUUGCGGCGCCGAAUCCCCUCCGGCCUCCAGCUGGUAACUAAGGAACAGCUAUUUUACUGUUGGAUGAACGUUUCUUCUACGCUGCAAAUGGAAGCGAAAUUUUUCCGGUUCCUGAAGCUCGUCGGAGUCGGCUUCAAAGCAAGGACAGAGCGUGAAGGCCGUGAGCUGUUCCUGAAACUGGGCUACAGCCAUGAGGUGCAGUUCACCGCCCCACCCGCUGUUCGGGUCUUCUGCUUUAAACCCAAUAUUUUGUGCUGCACGGGCCUAGACAAGGACAGAGUGCACCACUUUGCCGGCGCUGUCCGGAGCUGUAAACCUCCGGAGGUGUACAAGGGGAAGGGCAUAUUGUACAUUGACGAAGUCAUCAAGCUGAAGCCAGGGAAGAAACAAAAGAAGUGAGGGAGCAGAAUUAACCUUUUAUUCUUCUGGUUGUGAGAUUUCUGUCCUGUAACCAGCAGAGCAGAACUGCAGAUGUUGAUGUGGUUUCCUUGUGCUAAGGGAGAUCAUGGUCUCUCAGUACUAUGUACCACACUGGAAGACUAACAGUUCCACCUAAUGAAGCAUCAUAAAUCACCAGAUUCAGUUUUGUGAACUUAGUGGAUUUCAUUUCAUUUCAUUCAACUUGAAAUGAUGCUGUGAAGUUCCCUAAGAUUUUUAUUUCUGGGGGAGGUUGCAAGGGUUGUGUGUUGCAACCCAUUAUUUAUCCAGGCAAACUUGUUAGUAGUGCUGUGUAAUUUUCUUUUAUGAUUUUGGAUGACA